AUGUUAUACAAUUACUAUUAUAUUCUUACAUUUAUCGUUUUAACUGUUAUUUUUAUCUAUAGUCGUCUGUUCGAUGUCUUACUCCUAUACUUUAAUUAUCGUCUCUAUUGCUAUAAAAAAAUUCGUCGCCCAUAUCGCAUAAUAUUAGUACGUCAUGGUGAAUCACAAGGAAAUGUUGAUAAAACAAUUUCUGCACGUCUACCUGAUUCACAAUUAGAUUUAACAGAUACAGGUAUAGAACAAGCACGUAAUGCUGGUAAACAAUUAAAAGAAAUUAUUAAAGAUAAAACAGUUUAUGUUUAUUUAAGUCCAUAUAAACGUAGUAAACGAACAUAUGAAGCUAUUUCAAAGUAGGUACAAAGCGUAUGAACAUCAUAUAGUUAGAAGUAACAUAGAAUUCUAAACAAAAUGGCAUAUUUAGUUCCUUUUGACAAAAAGAUUUGCAUUUUUUUCGAAAGCUUUUGAACAAAAGUCUGUCCCCUGAAAAAAUCGAAAAUUUUUUUUGUGUCAACUUUUUGCAGAAGGCACGUCAUUCGAUGCAGAAUUUCACGCUAAUUACGAAUCUGAGAUCGUUUUUUCGGAAAAUCUUCCUCUAAUUGAAAAAAUAGCUUUCUUUUCACAUGCUGUAUUUUGGACAUAUCUUUGGCUUUUACCUGAUGCCAGGGUGAGGCCUGAAAUUCGGCAGUACACUUAUUCAUGUGUAAAAACGAUUCUUGUUGUAGCUAAUGCAUGGAAAAGAAGACCUCUAGGGUUAAGCUUUCCAUCAGUUGCUAGUGAAGUACUGCGAAAAAUUAACGAGAAGAAUGAUUUUUUUACCUCUUUGAAGCGAUUUUACAUUAAAGGAAUGGCCGGAUCUUAUAUCGCGUCCUAGCGCUCAUAACUUUUAAGGCAGUUGUCUAAAGCGUAAGAGCUUGAGCUUAAAUCGCUUGAUUGAGAGUUCGCACUGUAUACAAGCUGUGUAUGCACACACUUCUUUUUGUCUAGCAGCUGUAUAUUCACUGUAACCCAGGUCGUCCAUUCCGGCGUGAGAAUCCAACAUCCUGGAAGUUGUCGAAAUUAGAUAAAAUCCGACAGCAACCAUACCAGAAAUCCGUGCCGGAAGAUGUCUGAAAAGAUCCGACCGGAUCCAACAUCUUCCGGCGGAUGAAUCGGAUUUCGCUGGAUUUGAAAGAAUGUGACCAAUUUUGGGGUUAAAAAUAGUCUUCAAUUUUUUCUUUCACUUCCUAGUGGUUCUUCUCUCUGUUCGUUCAGAGAGUGGAGGGACCCACUAGCGAGGACGUGUAUAAAACGCCUGUUGAACAGUGUGAGCGAUCACUCACACUAUUAAGAAUUUGAGGAGGACAAUUUCUCAUUUUUCAUUUUCUGUAGUGUCGUAUUUAAAGUGCUCCUGUCGUGAAACAAAACGGUGAAUAUAUUAUGCGCACAGAAAAGAAGGAAAAAAAAUGAAGUGCACAUCACAGGAUCCGUCGAUUUCCGGUCACCGGAAAUAAACGGAUCCGCUUGGUUCCGGAUAUCGGAUCUUGCAGGAAAAAAAUAUCGGAACGCGAAGGAAUUUAGCAGAUUCCGAUCGGGCGUCCGCUUUCCGGAAAUCACCGGAAUUAAAAGGAUCCGGCAGGAUCCGACCGGCUGAAUUCGAUCUGAGGAAACAGACGAACGCAAAGAUUAGUGUUUGAUUGAACCCGAAAAUCAACAUAUCUUAGGUCAAAAAAUCGAUAAAAGGAGAGGAUCUUCUAACGUGGUGUUUGCAUUAUGCGUGAAAGAGGGGUCUUCUAUCGUAAGGAGUCCUCUAUUGUGUACGUUUUUAUUUACUUUUUUUAUUUUUUUCAGAUUUUCGGUCAAAAACUGAUUCUAGGAAGAUCUCUUUCAAUGAAGUUUGAUCACAUCUGAAAUUUUGGCAGAGCUCAAAACUCGUUUGGCUUAGGGGUCGACAUCUUCAACUUGCUCGCCUAAUAAGUUUUGUAGGUUAAGGGUGAGGGACCUC